CGGAGCUGACGAUGACCGCAAUAAACAGAGUCCAAAGUGUAAAAAGCCUACACAUAGGCACUAACACAGUAAAACGUCCAUACUUCGUGUUGAAUAGUACACAACUGAACAGCUUUUAUCUCUAGGCUACAAAUGCAAGCAUUAAGAAGGUUACAGGUGAUACCAUGAAUGAAUCGGGAUGGACUGGCGGGAAUGGUGUCCCCCCAAAAAUUACCAUCGUUAGAGACUUUCUCAAAGAACUUGAGGAUUUACAUCCUAAGCCUCGAGAGAAAAAUGAUUGCAUCUCCUUGCUCCUGUCCUGUUCCUCUGACAACAUGAACUACACAUGCUUCUCUGAAGCAAGCAACGUGACUACGGAUCCUCUGGGGGGACACCAGGUGUGGGAGGUGGUCCUCAUCGUCCUCAUCACUGGCCCUCUCUCCCUCAUCACCAUCCUGGGCAACCUGCUAGUGGUCAUCUCCUUCCGGGUCAACGCCCAGCUUCGCACCACCAACAACUACUAUCUACUCAGCCUUGCGGUGGCUGACCUCAUACUGGGCAUGGUGUCCAUGAACCUCUACACGGCGUACAUCAUCACGGGCCGCUGGACACUGGGCCACGUGGCGUGCGACAUCUGGCUCGCCGUGGAUUACGUCUCCAGCAACGCCUCCGUCAUGAACCUACUGGUCAUCAGUUUCGAUCGGUACUUUUCGGUCACGCGGCCCCUGACCUACCGGGCCAAAAGGACGCCAAAGCGAGCCAGGCUGCUGAUCGCCCUGGCGUGGAGCGUCUCGUUCAUCCUCUGGGGCCCGGCCAUCUUGUUCUGGCCCUACAUGGUUGGCCGUCCGCCAGGGGAUGAUCAGGACUGCUCCAUACCUUUCUUCAAGGUGCCGCUGCUCACGUUCGGGACUGCCAUCGCCGCUUUCUACCUGCCCGUCUGCAUCAUGGCCAUCCUGUACUGGAGGAUUUACUGGGAGAUCGAGAACCGGUCCAAGGGGCUCUCCAUGCUGCUGGGACAGAAUGGAGGCGCGGGGACCCCCAACAGUUCGGACCUGCCGUCAGUGUACCCCGACAGCGCACAGAGCAGCUUGAGGGCCCACAGGGUGCCCCAGACGCCUGCAAGGACCAGGAGGAGCCAGAAGAGGCAGGUGGGCUGCUUCCCAAAGACUGCGAGAGCUCAGCAACUCAGCACGGGGAAAAAGGUGGCAGCCAUUUUGGAGCUGGCAUCCCAGAGAUGUGAGGGCAGUUUCCAGGAAGGGUACAGCCGCAAUAGCUGGAGUGGCGACAACGAAGAGGAAGAAGAGGAAGAUGACGCCAUUGGGUCGACGUCUACUGAAGAGGAACUGGAACAGGAGAUCAAAGGGUCGAACACCACAGCCACCAUCAAGCUGAAGCAUCUACAUGAAGCAUCAGAUGGCAAUCGGGACAUUAAGAUUUCACCCCGAGCAACCGUGGAGGGACCGUCCACCGCAGCUGGAGGGUCAAGCAUGCGGUCCUCCCUCAACGGGCCUAAACACAAGGACCCAGGGCCUUUGAAGCAACAGAAGGGAAAAAGGCGACGCAACAUGAUCAUUAGGGAGAAGAAGGCAGCUCGAACACUGAGUGCUAUCCUGCUAGCAUUCAUUCUGACCUGGACGCCAUACAAUGUUAUGGUGCUGGCCUCCAUGUCCUACUGUGUGCCAGACAAGCUGUGGCAGCUAGGCUACUGGCUGUGCUACGUCAACAGCACCGUGAACCCCAUGUGUUACGCCCUUUGCAACAAGUCCUUCCGCAGCACCUUUAAGUCACUGCUGCUCUGCCGUCAGACUGACCGCAAGACCUGGGACGCCAGUCGACGCAGUCACCACAUGUCUGCCAGGAUGCAGUCUUGCAGUACUGUAUGAGCACUCACACACACACACACACACACACACACACACACACACACACACACAGGGGUUUCAAGAGAGACUUAAGAGUUAAGAUUUCCAAAUCUGUCAAAGUAUCUUUUUAACUUAUGCUCCGAUGCAAAAGUAUUGUAUAUCUCAUAUCAACCAGCAAAAUGUAUUUUUUACAAUGGCUGACAUAAGCCAGCAUUGUUGGCUAAAUAUACUGUCAAUAGUAGUUUACACAUACUGGAUUGUUCCAGGCCACUGGUCAAAAAUGAUAGGAAUUAGAAAAGGCCCCUAGAGUUAGUUUCUUUGUAUAUAAACUCCACCUUUAUUACAUUAA